AUGGAUAACAUCGAAGACGUCUUUGAAGACCUUACAGAGUACGUUAUGAUCGAAAACAACAAAGAAUUAAAUCUUAAGUUGCCUAACACAAUCGUUGCAAUGAAAUCUUGCACGAAUGCUGGCGAACCGCUCAAGAAUAUUCUAAAACGUGGAGCAAGGGUUAAGAUAUUUUGGGGCAAAGACGACUGCAAGGAUACAGGGUGGCAUGAAGGUUGGUAUCUAGCGAUAGUGAAAGAAGUCCUUGACUUUGAGGAAACCAUGGCAAAUAUAACUUACGUUGUAGAACCGAAAUGUUUGUAUGAAAUGAACGUUUCACAACUGUUAAAUGAAGGGCAUCUUAUGUUACACAAUGGGUCAGAAUUGGAGCAAUUCUUUGAAAUUGGGAGCCAAGUGAAGGUAAAAUGGACCAAGGACGAAAUUGGUGAUUCGCAUUGGAGACCUGGAUGGUACGUUGGAGAAGUACAGACAUCCGAUCUGGAUUCUGAUGAAAUAGAAGUAAUGCUUUACUCAGAGCCUGAUGUGACUUAUUGCUACGAUGUGACUUUUGGGGUGGCAAAUGGAAGUUUGCAAAUGGUCAAUGCCAUUUUUUAA